GACCCACUCAAGACCUACUUCAAGAAUGGGAACUUCACAUGCUGUAUUUCGCAGGUGUCAACACAACCCCACGCAAGACCUACUUCAAGAAUGGGAUCCCACUUGACGUGUCUGGACCCUGGGUGGAUAUCAUAAUAUUAUUGUUAUCACAUCUUGGAUCUAGAAUUUAUUAAUCAAAUCUGGAUGACGGGAUGAUAUAGAGAGCGCUCGCCUGUGUUUGUCAUCCACCCCAAGAUCCACCCAUCAUCAGGCCAUAUUGUACACACACUCGGCUCUCAAACACGGCCCAAGGCUUUGAUCGUGUUUGUUACAUCUGGUCACCUCCUCUUGUCAAGGGCCUUUCUCCAUGUUACGUUAGGCAGGAGACAAUAUCACUAAGGUGAGGUGAGGCAGACUGAACCUGACAAACCGUGAAGGAAACCUAACCUAACCUACAGUGAAGGGUCUAAACGUCACAGUUCGAAUCUAAGAGAGCGGGAGGAGGUGAUCUUUGGGGUGUGGACCUGUGUGUGUUUGUCAGGCGUCACCUUGUGUGUGUGUGUCUCUGUUUUUACUGCCUUACCUGCUGUCUUGUCAACAUGUGUGGAACUGAUGGCUACGUGGAGGCUGUAUCAACACGUGUGGGGACGUUUAGGUGGACUCUGUAUAAGCAGUGGUGGACCCGCCAGUCACUCUCUUCAUGGGACUUGAUAAAUAUGAAAAUGAAGAUUUAAUUAAGUGGGGCUGGCCAGAGGACGUUUGGUUCCACGUGGACAAAGUGUCGUCAGCUCACGUUUACCUCAGACUCAACCCAGGUCAAACGAUAGAUGAUAUUUCAAUGGCUGUCAUUGAAGAUGCUGCCCAGCUGUGUAAGGCCAACAGCAUCCAGGGCAACAAGAUGAACAACGUUGAUGUGGUUUAUACUCUAUGGUCUAACCUUCGCAAGACCCCAGGGAUGGAUGUGGGCCAGGUUGGGUUCCACAGCGAGAAGGAGGUACGGAAAAUUCGUUUGGAAAAGCGCAUUAAUGAGGUAAUUAAUCGAUUGAACAAGACCAAAACAGAAUCUCACCCAGAUUUCAGACUAGAACGAGAAGAACGAGACAGAGUAGAGCGAAAUGCCCAGAAGAAAGAACUAAAGGAAAAGCAGCAGAAGGAAAAAGAAGAAUUGGAGCUAAGAAAGAAAGAACAAGAACUUAGGAGCUACAAUUCUUUGUUCUCAUCAGACAACAUGAAGACAAACAAACAGGCGGCUGAUGAGGAUUCUGACGAUUUUAUGUGAUGCAUUGGUGAGCUGUCAUUGUUGUGUCCUUGUGAUGUCUUUUAUAUAUAUAUAUAUACUGUAGAACUGUAUAUACCAGAUAUACUGUAUAUAUAUAUAUGACUCAAGUUUGACAAGUGGUUGUGUCUCAUUACAUACUAAUAUGGUAUCCAAAUAAAUGCAAAAAUUUCAAGUAAAUUUUAACAGUUAGAUAUUGUCUUUGCUUGUCUGUAUUAGAUUGGAAUACUUGUCAAGUUACUCAGUUUUAAAUUCUUUUGAAAUACUGAUCAAUUUUAUGCUUGUAAGUACUGUAGAGUAAUUUGGAUGAUGGCUUGUGUUUUCAGGUCUUCCUCCUCUUGUUGGUUAAUCUUAUUUUUAUAUUUUCUUAUUUGGUAAUUUGAAAGGUUUUUUUUGUAUCAUGGAAAUUGUACAAAUUUAAUUAAAAUUGCAAGAAUAUAUAUGUUGUUAAAAAAUGGUGCAUUUUUAGCUUUUUAUGGUUAUUUACAUAUAAAGUGUAUUGGCAGUUUUUCCCAAGCAUCACUCUUCUUACAGUACAUCUGAAAAAAACUCUCCCACUUUGAGAUCAGGGUAGUACAUCUAUGCUUUGACUUCCCCAUAUACAAAGACACUAUAAGUCAACAGAUAUAUCCAUUUAUACACCAUUCAUUGUACAGUUGUGGGAAUGUGUUUCUAUCCCCCAUGUGGUAACCCGUGUCUCCAAACAGCCAACCUGUGUGACCUAUAGCAAACCUAUCCACCAAUCACGUCCAUUCGUUACACCACCAAUACCAAUUCAAUCAUAAAUAGUAAUACUGCCGUUUGGAGAGACGGGUUACCACAGGGGGUGAUGGAACACAUUUCUGCAACUGUAUAUUAUUCUUCCGUAAUAAUUUGACUUUGGUAUUCUGAUAUGACCUGUACUAUUAUAACUAUGCCUAGCUUGGACAAUUCAUAUAUAGUCAACCAGUCCACAAGUUGAAAAACCCAGGGUUCCCAAGACCUGGACACAUUAGAGCUUGAUUUACACUUUCCCAUCAAAGCUGAUCGAGUGGCAGUAACAACUGAAAACUGAUAGCAUCAAGUUUAGUGAUCACUCUAGGCCUAGUCUGCUUUUUAAUCACCAUUACUGUACUUAGAUAAAAAGCACCAGUUUGUGAUCAGUUUCUUCAGUUCAAACUCCCUUUAGCAGUUCCAAUGAUCUCUUAGGCCCGAAUUCAGAAUGCUAGUUUGAAAACCGCAUGAAGGUUUAAACCAAGGAUCGAGCUAAGAUUGAAGUUUGUUGGUACAGUAUUCAGAAAGCUGGCUUGAGCCAACACAAAGAUUCAAACCGGGUUUGAGAUCAGAUUUGUUGAUUUUUGCAUUAAUCCAGCCUGGAGACAGGUUUAGUAGUUGAUCCUUCAUUCAAGAUAACAAGUCAACAUGAAUUUUGACAGAGCGUACUUUUCGGCGAUAUUGUCAAAUUGAAAUUUUGUAGAGAGAAGACUGAUGUUAGAUAAGCAGACUCCUAUCAAUUUUUAUGAUGACACGCAAUUCAGACAACGAUAUAGGUUCAGCAAGGGAGACUUCCUUGAUAUUUUCUGUGAUAUGGAGCUUCUACUUGACAGACCUGUUAGCUAUGGUUCACGUCUACCUCCCAUUCAUCAGUUGAUGAUUACUUUGAGAUUCUUCACAACGAAUUGUUUCCAGGUAAGAAAGAUUCUGGUUACUGAAUGAGUUAUGGGAAUGUGUUACAAUACUUUUGUGUUUAGGGUCCAUGAAGAUCAAACGGGUUAUGUAAAGAAAGCUGAUGCUUCUUUAUUUUGAGUCAAUGCUGAGUGCAUUUUGAUUUUAAUGUAUUGAUAAAGGAAAGUCAUUUCUUAACAUUACUAUUAAGGGAAAUGUGGGGUUAAAAGAACAGAAAAAACGUAACCUAGCCAGGUUACUACGCCCUGCAUUGCUUCUUUUUAUUUUGAUUAUGAAUAUCGACACCUGUCACGGAUUUUAUCGACAAUUUGUAUGUAAUUGUUCUUCCUCAAUGAAUUCCUUUAUCAUCAUAUAACAAGACUGCCACAUAAAAUAAUACCAUAAAUCAUUAUAAUUUUAUCAUAAUUUGAUUGUAAUUAUAGUAACAAAAGUAACUUAUGAUGUGCAAGGAGAGAUUUCUCCUCCUCCAUAAAAACUUGAGUCACAGUUGCCGCCAUAAUCUUGUAAACAUUACUCUCGAUGGUGAUUGGCUGUCAUAAUGGAGUAAACGAAACAUUAUUGGCUAGAAUUUCAGUGUUCAAAUCGUUUCUCGUGAUUAAAGAAAAUGCAACAGAUUACCCGAUCCUGGGUUCAAGCCAAUGUUCUGAAUACAGUUUGGGUAAUCCACUGCUGGAAAUCUCGGAUCGAGGAAUCCCAAUUUGCACGUCUGAGCCGAGCUCAAAUCACCAUCCUGAAUUCGGGCCACAAUGUUCAGUUUUUAAGCAUUUGGUUGUAACUGCUGUAUCCAUCAGAUGGGGAAGCAAAGAUUAACUCCAGUCUUGUGUUAAUGUCCUGAGCAUAUUGGGUUUUCAGUUCUUGAAGUUGUAGACUACAAGAAUUACCUGAUCUGGGUUUGGAUAUAAAAUGAGAUUUCAGAUUAAUCCCUCAUUUCUCAAAAUCCCGGUGUUGGUAAAGCCAAGGUGCCUUAGUAAUCCUGUCUACAUUUAGCUACAGCUUCAUAGUUCGGUAUCUUUAAAAUUUCUCCGUUUGCAUUGGGCCCACUCAAUCUCACACCUCUGUAUUGUAAAUUAUAUACAGUAUCAGGUUUUUAACUUUCAACUAAUCUUUUCAUUGUGAUUAUUGUGGGCUGCUACAAACUCUCUCCAUUACUUUAAACAUUUGAAUUUUAACCAUAAUGUUUCUUCUAAACACUUCCAAAAUUGUAUUUCCUACCUAACAAAACAUAUUAGUGUUAGGUACCACAGUCACUGGUUUGUGUAUGAAAAAGAAGAAAACAGGAAAAGCAUCUUUUGGGGAUAUUCACCUCUAUACAAAAAUGUGAUACAAUUUACGAAAUAAUUUUGAGAAACGGAACCCUUUCGUAAAUCAGGGGACACCUGUAUAAUACUUAAAAUUUGUUGUGAGCAUUAUGGCCUCAAAUGUCUACUACGACAGCCUACACGGAUCAUCAGUCGAUCUUCCCCCCUUCCCCGGGUAAAUUGUGUGUGGGGUAAUUAAUCUGGUACUGUACCUAGAAACACUGGGGUAAGUGUAUGGGGGAGAACACAUGAAAAUGCAGUAAGUUUAUAUAAAGACGAGCUUUGGUGGAAGCCUGAUAAAACUGCCAUGACUUACCCUCUUCAUUUAGUACUGUACCUUGCACUGGAUUGAUUUCCUCAUUCUAGAGAUAACAUUUUCAAGUGCAUAGUACCACAUAUCUCCAGACUUCAUAUGUGUUUGGUGUUAUUUCUCAUAAAUAUUUCUUUUGGGCAAAAAGCGAGUGCAUUAAGAAAAGAAAAAAAUGCUAAUAAGCGUUUGAACAUAAUUGCGGAGACCAUCAAAUCUGGUUAAGAAAGAAUCGUAUAAUACCUUGAUGAGUUACCAAAGUGGUUCACAAUGCUAAAAAUAAUUACAAUAUCAACAAGUGGCUAAGAAACAACAAUUAAAUAUCUAAUUUUUAUUAAACAUUUUUACUUGCAAUUUUUCCCAAACAACUUGAUAGAAUAAAAUCCCUUCUUGCUUUAACAGCAGCACAUCUCAAAACAGAUAGCUAUCAUAACCUCAGUGUUACAGGGCAACAGAUUGUACUCUUGAUGUAUGUUACAAGACAACAGAUUGUACUCUGAUGUUAUGUUACAGGACAACAGAUCAUACUCUGAUGUAAAGUUUUUACUUUGUAUUUCACAGUAAACACUUAACUGAAAGCUGUGGAAGAGCUACUCAUCCAAUGGAAACACAUUGUAUCACUGUACUGAAAUAUUCUUAAGCAGACAGUUUUCAAUAUAGCUUGAAUGCACUUCAAUACAGCAAUUUAAUUUCACACCAAAUGUCAUCAUAUUCUUAAGAGACAAAACAUGACUGCAAAAUCUACAGUAGGAAAAAAUAUUUCCUAUGCCUGUUACCCAAAA